UUCCAGUAGUGAAUCGAAACCCUUUUGGAGGGAGUCCCACCCCAAUCCUCCCCACCUUCUUCCCUCCCCAGCUGUUGCUAGCUGUCGCUAAUAUCCCCACCCCCAUGUGACCCACCUCCCUCCCUCUCCAAAACCUCAGGGCCUUAAAAAAAUGUCCCCAAAAAUCCAAAGAAAAUGCCACUCAUUCAUUUAUGUUUAUGAUUAUUAUGCUAGCUGCAUGUUGCAUUCGGAUUCCUGCUCUUCCUGCAGCUGCCCAUGUAAUCCUGCUGCCCUGCUCACUUCCCUUUAAUAUCUCUCUUUACUCUUUUUUUAGGACUGCCCUAAAGAUUAAGGGAUCAUUGCAGCUGUAAGUUGUUUGUUGGGUUGGUUGUUGGUGGUGUUUCUCUUUUCUUUCUUUUUUGUAUUUUUUUUCUUGGGAUUUGGUUCUGGCUUUUGGUUUUGGGUUUUGGGUUUCUCUCUCUAAUAACACAUAUAUUUUAGGGUACCCUAUAUUUGGUUGGGGAGGUCACAUUGAGAGAAUGGCACAAUUACCUCCUAAAAUACCAAGCAUGACACAGAAUUGGCCAUCCUUCCCUCACCAAAGGCUACCCACCAUGGCCAAUUUCAUCCCCACCACCACCACCACUUCUGCCGCUGCCGGCCAACCCUCGUCCAACCAACCGAACCAACAACAACAACAACAAUCCCCGUCAUACAAUUGGAUCGACGAGUUCCUCGACUUCUCCUCCGCCAGGCGCCGGGCGCACCGGAGGUCGGCUAGCGACUCCAUUGCCUUCUUAGAAUCCCCCCUGAUACUUGACGAGGAAUGCAGGAACUCCACCGCCACUAUGAUUCAUCAUCACGGAUCGACCAACAACCUCGGCUUCGACAGGCUAGACGACGAGCAACUCAUUUCCAUGUUCUCCGAUGACAUGUCGGUGACCGUGCCGCCUACCGUCUCGUCUUCCAGCCUGUCCACGCCGUCCGACCAGAACAGCAAUAACGACGAAAACAAUAUUAACAAUGACAAUAAUAAUAACAAGAAGCCAUUGAUGGUUCAUCUGGACCAGCAGCAGCCGAAAACCGAGCCUGGAGAGGUUGAAAGCUCGUCGUGCGAGGCUGACGCUAAUACUCAAUCUCAUCCGCCACCACCAACGUCCCCGGCUGACCCCAAGAGGGUCAAAAGGAUUUUGGCAAACCGGCAAUCAGCACAGAGGUCGAGAGUGAGAAAGUUGCAAUAUAUUUCAGAGCUUGAACGCAGCGUUACAACAUUACAGUCGGAGGUAUCGACACUGUCACCAAGGGUUGCAUUUCUAGACCACCAGAGGUUGAUUCUAAACGUUGAUAAUAGUGCUCUCAAGCAACGGAUUGCUGCUUUGGCUCAGGACAAGCUUUUCAAAGAUGCUCAUCAAGAGGCACUAAAGAAGGAAAUAGAGAGGUUAAGGCAGGUCUAUCACCACCAAACCCUAAAGAACAUGGGUAAGCAAGGAAACCAAAACUCACAGCAGCAUCAAAAGCAACAGCAACAGCAACAGCAGCAGCAGCAAUCAAACCCAGACAUCAUGGUCUGUACGGAUCACAAUGAGCAGCAAAUUCUCAAUUGAAGCUGAAGAUUUGAUGAUAUAAUAUAAUGCAGCAUGCAGAUGCAUAAAUGAUAUAGUGGCAUUCCUCAAAAAACAAAUGAUAUAGUGGCAUACAAUGCUGACUUUGGCCUUACAUUCACGUGUAGUGCUUCCACUUGUAUGCUUUCUAUGUGGGACCCGUGACAAGGUUGUGAGAUUGUAGGCUAUAACAUGGACACGUGGACUGCUUGGAUUGGAUGCUGAAAACAAUUGUUUUUUUGUCAGUAAUCAGUUGCUUUUGUUGGGAAGGUUGGCCACUUGGCUUUGUUUUUUAAUUUUUUUCUUUUUUUUCAGAUUAUUAUUUUCAGAUU